GGGGGAGCGAGGCAAAAGGGAGCGGCGGCCCGUGCAGCCGAGGCCUCGGAGGGCACCGCCCACCGGGGCCCCAGGCCCUCGGACCGGGCGAAACUACGCCGGCUACCAGGAUCCCCAGCCGGGAUGCACUUCAGCACAGUCACCAGGGACAUGGAAGCCUUCGCGGCCAGCAGUCUGAGCGGCCUGGGAGCCCCGUCGCCUGGCGCCGACCCGUUCGGCCCUCGCGAGCCGCCGCCACCGCGCUACGAUCCUUGCGCUGCCGCCCCCGGUGCCCCGGGCCCGCCGCCGCGCGCCUACCCUUUCGCGCCCGCCCCCGGGACGGCCGGCAGCUCGGCGGCGGAGUCCGAGGGUCCGGGGGUUAGCCGCACCGCCGCGGCCAAGGCGCCAGUGAAGAAGAACCCGAAGGUGGCUAGCGUGAGCGUGCAGCUGGAGAUGAAGGCGCUGUGGGACGAGUUCAAUCAGCUGGGCACCGAGAUGAUCGUCACCAAGGCAGGCAGACGAAUGUUCCCCACCUUCCAAGUGAAGCUUUUUGGAAUGGAUCCCAUGGCUGACUACAUGCUUCUCAUGGACUUUGUGCCCGUGGAUGACAAGCGCUACCGGUAUGCUUUCCAUAGCUCCUCCUGGCUGGUGGCCGGCAAGGCUGAUCCUGCCACACCUGGCCGAGUGCACUACCACCCUGACUCACCGGCUAAAGGCGCACAGUGGAUGAAACAAAUUGUGUCUUUCGACAAGCUGAAGCUGACCAAUAACCUGCUGGAUGACAAUGGCCAUAUUAUUCUCAACUCCAUGCACAGAUACCAGCCCCGCUUCCACGUUGUCUAUGUGGACCCUCGAAAAGACAGUGAGAAAUAUGCAGAGGAGAACUUCAAAACUUUUGUGUUUGAGGAGACACGCUUCACUGCAGUCACUGCCUACCAGAAUCACCGGAUCACGCAGCUUAAGAUUGCCAGCAACCCCUUCGCCAAAGGCUUCCGGGACUGCGACCCGGAGGACUGGCCCCGGAACCACCGGCCCGGAGCGCUGCCGCUUGUGAGUGCCUUCACUCGCUCUCGGAAUCCCGUGGCUUCCCCCACGCAGCCUAACGGCGCGGACAAAGACGCGCCAGAAGCCCGGCGCGAGUUCGAUCGUGACUCCGGACCCGCAGCUCUGAGCGACGCCACGCACCCGCCGCAGCUGCUGGCGCGCGUGCUGAGCCCCGCUCUGCCUGGGCCUGGCGGCCUCGUCCCGCUGCCCGGCGGAUCCGGAGGGCGCCACAGUCCCCCGCACGCCGAUCUGCGCUUGGAGGCGCCGGGCGCGUCGGAGCCGCUGCACCACCAUCCCUACAAGUACCCGGCCGCCACCUACGACCACUACCUCGGGGCCAAGAGCCGGCCGGCGCCCUACCCGCUGCCAGGCCUGCGCGGCCACGGCUACCACCCGCACCCGCACGCGCACCCGCACCCGCACCACCACCACCCGGCGGUGAACCCGGCCGCCGCCGCUGCCGCCGCCGCCGCCGCCGCAGCAGCCAACGUGUACUCGUCCGCAGCCGCGCCGCCCGGUGCCUACGACUACUGCCCCAGAUAGUGCCCCAAGGGCCACCCAAGGACUCACUCCCCAUGUGGGGAGCCAUGCGGGCCUCCCGCCCGCUAGUGCCAAAGCUCCGUCCGAGGCGGAAGGAAGUGGUAUUUAUUGUUCUUCGCGAGACCGCGUCGCCUCCAGCCCGGCCGGCAAUUGCAGUGUAGAGACCCGAGUGAGCCCCGCCUGCGGGCGGUGUAGAUACGUGUAGAUAUGUGUAGAUACUGUAGAUACUGCACCGGCGCCGCUUUCAUAAACGGUUUCGCCUCUUUUGGAAACUGCCG